AUGCAUGCAUCUCCAGCUAUUCAACAGGAAGUCACCCAGCCCACAUCCACUUCUCUUCAGUUGUCUUGCAGUGGGAGUGAUCAAAUUGGCCACAUGGCGAAACAUGUCUUCAGUUCGAAGAUAGCUGAGCAAAUCUUCCAUCGAUACUUGGAUAUUUUUGCACCGAAAUACCCCAUUGUCGUGUUUCCCACUGGCACAACAGCUGAGCUUGUGCAAGAGACCAAGCCAUUGCUCUUUUUAUCCAUAAUGAGCAUCGCUUGUGCCGGAUACUGCACCAUCACCCAACAGAGAGACCUGGCGAACAAGGUCAGGCUCUAUCUAGCAGAGCGCGCGGUUGUUAGGGGCGAAAAGUCCAUUGAGCUUGUUCAAGCUCUUCAGAUUGUGUCUUUUUGGUACAGAGCACCAGAUGAUUAUAAGCAGAUGAACCUGAACCAACUAGCUUCUAUUGCCACAACUAUGGCUAUAGAUCUCGGGCUUGACAGGAUUGAGUUAUCGAAGCCAACUAGCAGCGACAAUGAGAUGUGGGAUCGGGCGGAAGAACAACGUGCCUGGCUUGGCUGUCUCCUUUUAUCUGCAAGUCUGUCUCUGAUUUUGAGACGGCCCAAUUCGCUCGCCUGGAGCUCACACUAUGACGACUGUGCUGCCGAUUUGCGACGGACCAAAACAUCCCCCACAGAUGAGUUCCUUUGCGUAAUUGUGAAAACAGAGUGUAUCUGCCACGCAGUGAAUCAGGAGCUGUCUCUGAGUGAUUCAACCACUUUGGCAUCAUUAUCCGACCAGAAUACGUUAUCAAAAGUUCAAAAAUUCAAGACUCAAAUCGAAUGCCUUCCUCUCGAGCAAGUACCCUCUCUGAAAAAAUCUCUGAUUGAAUUUGGCAGAUUUGCUAGCUUACUAUAUACACAUGAGUUGGCCCUGCAUGUCAACCACAACAUCGAUGAGUUCAGGGCACCCUUUAGUGUGAAGUCCUUGGAGACAUGCAAUUUCAUCGACAUGCACGAUCUCCACCCAUCUCGUAUACUCAUGCUUCGCGCUAUCAUACACGCGGCACAAGGACUGCUGGAUGUUUUCCUUAAGCUAUCCACGUCUGACAUGAUCGCUUUACCACCCCAUAUAUAUGGCGGUCGCGUAAUAUAUGCAGUGGUACUUCUGUUGAAACUGCACAAAGCAUUGAGAUCAUCAGGGCGGGCAAUAAGCGAAUAUGUCACUGCUGACGAACUACGACUGGAAGUGUAUAUCGAGCACCUCGUGCUGGUUUCGAGGAGCCUCAUUGCGAAAGAUGACCGCAGUGCUCUGAGUAGGGCAUUCUUAGUCAUGCCUCAGCUGAGCCAGUGGUUGCACACUCAUCAAUCCAAAUCCAGGCCUCCAUCCGGCUCAGACAAAACUGAAAUGAUGGAAGGCAUUCCAUUCCUUGGCGGGGAUAGGUUAUCAAGCGCUGCAAUACAAACGCCGACGGCGGCUCUCGGUGACCCUUCAGUCCAUGUUCAGACGCCAACAAUAACUCAUAUUGGGCCAUUGGAUGGAUUUGGUCAGUCCGACGUGCCUCUCCAGCCUUCUAAGGCAUCUGAUUACCCUGUCGUGCAUAAUGGAGGUCCAGGAAUUGAACAAAAUCGGCAUGAACUAGCAUCUGACUCUUGGUUUUGGGAAUUUUUCAAUGUUGAAAUGCUCCAUCAGAAUGCAUAUUCAUCAUGA